AUGUAUACAUAGGUGUGUACCUACAGUGAGUAAACGAAUAUUUUAUGUGUUUUGGAUUAUAAGUAAUUAGAUGUUGAAGAAGUACUUAGUUCAAUUUAAAUUAAAUUAUUGCAAGGCUCACAAUUGUGCAGAAAACGUUUCCUCGCUAUAAGUCGAUGCUGCGUCUAUGAAAACCCUCGACUCAUCGUGUCAGCACACGUAGCAGUGGCGGCGCGUUUAGUCGAGACUGGCCGAGGACGAAAUCAUCACUACGCUGAUCCAGUGUGAGUUGGUGAACUUCACAAACCUUCGAACAUCUUCAAAUUCCUAGAUAUCAAAUAGUCCAGAUUCAAAAACCGAUACAUCUACGUAACAAAACAUCAAUAGCACAAUGGGAUUGUGACCGCCAUGAUAAAGGGUUUGGCGGGAAAUGACAGGCGCGUGACAACUACACCUUGCGGGGACAUUCAUCAAUUUGCUGCCUUACAGGUAGCAACCCCUUCCUUACCGGCGACAUCCCCACCCUAAGCCCCGCCCUUCGCAACAAAAGGGGCGCGCGGGCAACCCUUGCCGUAUUAGCCUUGCACCCUUCGUGCUAGCCACAUAUCGGUGAGAUCGGAACUAUUUAGUGAAAAAUGUCGCUGUGGACACCGUACGCUGAGGACGUCGCUCUGGACUUGACGAAGAAUGUCAAAGAGAAACAGCAGACUAGAUUGGAAUAUGUGAAUUAUGAAUACCCAGGGUAUGCGUAUCCCCCGAUGUACGCGUCGGUGGGGCAGAUAUCCCCCUUAUCUGGAGGCAGCUUAUCUUCCUACGAAUCGUAUCCGCGCUACGAGCAAGUGUAUCAGACUAGUGUGACGCGCCAUGAUUUGUCUCCGCCGGCGUCUCCGGUGCAAGACCAGCCGAUGAAGCGAACCUUUGACAUGGUGGACGUGGAUUGCCUGUCAGAUGACCCUGAGUUCCAAGCGUUUGAACGCGACGCGUUGAGGGCUAUGGCGGAGAAGAAUGGCGGCACUUUACUGGGUAACAAUCCGAGAAUGAGAAGGACGGUGCAAUCCAAGAACGAGACAGCAGACGAGUCGUACAAGCGACAGAGGGAGAGGAACAACUUCGCGGCGAAACAGAGCCGAGACCGGAGGAAACUGAGGGAAGUACACCUCGCUUUGAAGGUCACCUAUCUUCGACGGGAAGUUGCCGCACUGAAGGCAAUGCUUGCGAACCAAGUCUGCGGUAGAUGUAGGAAUUAACCAAAACCUGGGACAUCUAUGUGUCCUUCAUAAUCAAUAUUAUUCUGAUAAUUAAAAAUCAGAAUCUAUCGUUGGUGAUAUGUAACUAACUGUUCUUAUCGCUAGGUGAUAAUCUGUAGUUAUUUGCCGGUAGUCAACGGGCCUUUGGUUAUCAAAUUCUGGUGAUUAUUGGUCGUACUUAAUCUCGUUCUAUAGAGAACGUAGAUUUCUAAGUUGCUAAUUAUCGAGCUGAUGUCAUAAGUGAGGAAUUGUAUAUUUUGAACUUAUGUAAAGUAACUGUAGUUGCUGUGUUAAGACUGAUAGGUUUAAUGUGCAAUGUGAUGAAGUAGAUAAGGGUAUUAUAAUAAGGUAUUUAUUUAAAUAGUUGUAAAAUACAUAAAAUAAUACUUUAAUUAUCUUUGUAAUAUCUCUUUGUAUAGAAAAUUUAGGCAGUUUCUCGCAUGGCAGAAAUUCUAUAAUAGAAAACUGAUUUGAAUGUUGAAAUUAACAGCUAGUUUAAAGACAAGAUAAUGCUGUAUUAUUCUCGUCUCUGUUGUGCGAGAAACUAUUCCCGAGUGAGAUAAUACUAGGAUAUUAUAUAAUGUGCAAUUUUUAGCCAUUAAGUCAAUUCACAUGUCCAAAUGUAUAUAGAAUAUAUUAUGUAAUUUAUAA